CUGUGGCAUGCGACUUCUCCAGUGAUGCAUCCAAGUGUUUAGGUUGCGGUUCAAAUUCGUUGUUUGGUGUUUGUGUGUCUUGGUUUGGUGGCAUUUUAUUUAUUUCGUGUUAUUUAUUCUUUUGGUAGCCCUUCUUCAAUUUCUCUCGACCCUCUCUGCAAUCUGGCUGAACCCGGGUAGAAUAAAAAGCACCGGGGUGACGGGCGUGUACUGUUGUUUAUUUUUGUUUCUACCCCGUUAAUAUUUGUUAAUUAUUAUUAAUCACCGGUGAUGGCUACAAAAUUUUUGGUGGGGGUCUUUACGGUCACCGCUGGUCUGCAAGAAGAACUGGGCAGCGAUGAACAAGAUAUAGUUCUAUUCUCCUGGGUGUUGGUAGAUCUUUCUAACACAAAGGUGGUGGCAGCACAAACUCAUGUGGUCAAACCUCGAGGCAGUUGUGACAUGAACGAAAAUGCCUUAUGUGAACCAGGCAAGACCGACCUGGGUCUGAGUGAAGACAGGGUCAAUGCGGGUCAACCUCUCGAACAGGUUAUAGAACAGAUCGACCAGUUUGUAAAAGCCAAACUGAGUACGGACAACGGCCACUCCUUCCAGCUGGUGACGGAUGGUCAACUUCAUCUCCGACAAGUCCUUCAUCCUGAGGCAUGCCAGAAAGACAUCACUUUGCCACACUACUACUACUCUUUCUUCGACAUCCGGAAAGAGUUUCAGAAAUUCUACCACUCCGACGAAAUCCACUCCAUUCAAGACAUGCUGAACUAUCUAGCAAUAGACACGGAUAACUCAGCAGACAUGUCUAUGAAACAAGUACAGAACAUAGCUAAGAUUGCUUUGAGACUAGUAGCAGAUGGUCAUACGUUUGAUAGUCCUGAGCGAAUAAAUACUCACCUAGAGCCCGGUAUAUGUACUAAGAAUGAAGUAGUGGAUAAUAACACUGUCGUUAGAGCUAGAGGUUUACCUUGGCAGUCUUCCGAUCAAGAUAUCGCCAAAUUCUUCCGAGGUCUCAAUAUCGUCAGAGGCGGAGUGGCGUUGUGUCUAAGUCCCCAGGGACGCAGAAACGGAGAGGCUCUUGUCCGUUUCGAAAGUCAAGAACACCGUGAUAUGGCCCUGAAGAGACAUAAGCAUCACAUUGGACCCCGCUACAUAGAAGUGUACCGGGCUACCGGAGAAGACUUUGUCAAUGUGGCUGGUGGCAACAAUAAUGAAGCCCAAGCGUUCCUAUCAAGAGGUGGACAAGUCAUUGUAAGGAUGAGAGGCUUGCCUUACGAUUGUACGCCUAAGCAAGUGUUGGCAUUUUUCGCCAGUGGUGAAACUCCUUGUGAAGUCAUGGAUGGUGAAGAUGGUGUGCUUUUUGUUAAAAAGGCCGAUGGACGAGCUACAGGCGAUGCUUUUGUCCUUUUCGAGAGUGAAGAAAUGGCCACUCGGGCUCUGCAGAAACACAGAGAAGUCAUAGGUUCAAGAUAUAUCGAGCUUUUCCGCAGCACUACAGCUGAAGUACAACAAGUUUUAAACCGGUGUAUGGAUCCAAGAACUUACGAACAACCUCAGCCAUUGAUCACAAACAUUCCACAAGUCCCUCUCAUCUCUUCCCAGUUGCUGCCUCCAGGUUGUCGAAAGGAUUGUAUACGACUCAGGGGACUCCCCUUCGAAGCCCAAGUGGAACAAAUACUCGAAUUUUUGGGCGAACACUCCAAAAACAUAGUUUACCAAGGUGUCCAUAUGGUAUACAAUGCACAGGGUCAGCCUUCAGGAGAGGCAUUCAUUCAGAUGGACACUGAGCACUCCGCUUUUAUGGCAGCUCAACAAAGACACCACAGAUACAUGGUGUUUGGCAAGAAACAGCGUUACAUCGAGGUCUUUCAGUGUUCAGUGGAUGAUAUGACGCUUGUUCUCAACGGUGGCAUACCUGUGCAGAGAUCUCUCAUUUCUCCCGGUGGAAAUAUGCUUCCUCCACCAUAUGGUGCAUUUCCUUACGUUCAGACACCACAAAUACUACCAGCGGUUGCGCCUCUGACUCCAAGAUUACCAGCAGCUUAUUAUUCUCCUGUUUUCUAUUGGCCAUAUCCCAGCCCUCCAGUCUCACCCACCACCUACUACCCACAUUCUGGUACAACAGUUCUAACAACAGAGUGCAUCCAGGUUCAACGGAAUGGUGAAGUCCGCCCAAACAGUGAAGCGAUGGUAACAUUCCCAGCUGCAAGGAUUGAAGCCGAGAGAGCCCUUCAAGAGAAAACUCGUCAAAGCAUCAGCAAUCGGUACAUCGAGCUGUUCAUGGCUUGAAAGAAACAACGGAUGAAACAAAGUAUUUUUUUUUUUAAGCACGUGAUCCAUACACCAGUGACAAGCACCAACAAGUCUUUCUGAUAAACUGUUCGUCUUUAUUUUGUAUGUGUUCUAUCAUGCAACAAGAUCAUAGCUUCUUCCAUUUUGUAUAGUCUUCAAUCUUCUUUAUUUUAUCAAACCCUUCUUUGACCUACUAGUUAUUUUAUAAGCUAUAUGUGAACGUGUCCGUGAACUUAGCUUCAUGUUUUUAUGUGUCUUGCCGUUUUUAUUCACGUUAGUCUCCGUGAUUCUGUGCAUGAUUUAGCUAGCUUUUAAGUGAUUUAGCUACAUAAAUGUGUUGCAAGCGUAUUUAUUUUGACUACCCAGGUUACUGUUUUUAAGAACGUAACAUUUCUGUUUAUGUGUUACUGCCCUAACCUGGAACACUGAAAGCAAGAUGUCUUUUGAAUGAUUAAAUGGCCAUCUAGAAAUUUGUAGUGAAUUUAUUUGCUAAUCUCUUUUAUUUUCAUAUUUUUCAUUUGUGUAUUGUCUACUUUUGCAUGUCUAGUCUUUUAUCUAGAUGGUUUUGCAAUAUUUAAGCGCAUCAGACAAAAUGACAUCUGCUAAACAAAAAAUCUUACCAGGUUAAGUCUUAACAUAAUGAUUUAAAAUUUUCUGUUAAGAUUUAACAUGUAUAUUUAUCAUAUCAAAAUAAUGGUAAUUGUUUUGAUAAGUCAUAUUAACAUAAUGGUAAUUAAAUUAUCAUCGAACUGUGGUUUUAAGCCGCACAGUGAAAAACUUACUGCAGCUAAGAGGAAGAAAUGUGAAUACCUAACAUUAACAUAGAAUACCACACCUUGAAAUAAGCUGAUGAUUUUCAUUUUUUUCCCACUUAGACAAUGAUUUUAUCCUUAUGGUAGCUUACAUAUAACUAUAUUCUAGUUUUGAUAGUUAAUUAAAAAAAGCAAAAAAUAAUGGUAAAGUUUUAUCAUAACAGAUCUGUCCAAUACCUUAAGUGGUGCGACAUGAAAUAUAGAUUCAAAAUACGAAGCUGCUAAAGUAUUUAUUUUUAACUAUACAUUACCAUUUUUUAACACAGUUUUAAUGAUGUUUGAAGCUAUUAUUUCUUUACUCGCUUGUAAUAUACUAUUAUGUGUGUACUUUUUAUAAACUUUUUUAUGCAGAUAUUAUUUCACUGUAUGUAUUGUGUUACCAAAUGAGUUUUUAUUUAUUGUAAGAGAGAGAGAGAGUUUUGAUGUUAACCUAUGAAGGCGUGCGCUUAGCAGCACUUCUAUGCAUUCCAAGUGCCUUUAAACUAUUUUUUGUCUGUAUAUCUUGUUAUAAUAAUCUUGUCGUAUUAUGCAUUUAUAGCUAUGAUUGCCUUAUGCUGUGAAUAUGGUUUGAGAAUAACAUGGUUCACAUCGACUAAGAUUUUAAAUGUUUAAAUUGAAAGUAUCACAUGAAGUAUGACGAAUGCUCAAUAUUCAAAUGAACCCUGAGCUUUAGAUACAUAGUUUUCAUUUACACAGAAAACAAAAAGUAUAUAUCUAAAGCUGUUAAUUGUUUAUUUCACUAAGCAAUAAUUCUAGAAUUAUUUGAAACUUAAAUAUUACCUGCUUGCUUUGUGCACUAUUUUUUAAACUUAAUAAAUGUAGGAUUUGCAAGUGCUUCUAAAUUUAAAAAAAAAUUGCUGUGUGGGAGCCAAGUCCUAUCCAAUAGCAACGAGACCCUACCUCAUAUUUUUGCGGAAGAAAAAGCUGCAAUUAGGGUUAGGUUAUGCAUUAAAAGAGGUAAAUCAAGUCAGAUUAUGCGAUUACAGACUCUAAUUUCAAUAUUACAUACAUUAUAAUAAUCAAAUUCUAUCAUAAUGUCUGAUUAUUAGCAACAUAUUCUUUUGAAAUGAAUAAAAAUGGGGUCCAGAGAGAAGCUUUGGAUUUGUUUCUUCCGUAUUUUGCUGUAUUAGUUUUUACAGCAAAGAAAAAAAUUAGUAACUAAAUUAAAAAGUUAGAAGUCUUUUAAUUCAUAAUUAUCUAAAAAUAUACAACAAAAAGCUUCAGCAAUUGGAUCAACUAUCACCCUUUAAACAACUUCUAUAUAUGCUCAAUAAUGGAUGUGAACUAUGAUGUUAUUCUUUACACCAAAAACAUGUGCUUGUACUUGUAAACAGUACUUUUUUUGUAAUGUCUUUGUUUAUUUAAUGUCCUAAUAUAUAUUCAUAUAUUAUAUCAGAAUCAAAAUUAUUUUUUUUUGCUUCAACAAACACGUUUCCUAAUAUAUUAUCACUAGUGUUUUAUAUAAGAACUCAAAGCUUUGUAUUUGAUAUUGUAUUUAGUUUACAACUGUUUUUGAAUUAUGUUUACUAACAAGUGAAUAUGUAAUUGAAUGGACUUGUUUUCGUGAACAAUGAUGUGUGAAAACUAUUUUUAGACAUUUUUAACAACAAAUUAAAACAUUCCCCAAAGUGCAAUAACAAUUAAAAUUGUAUUCAACAGAUAAAACUAGGGCUGUAUUUGUUUUUAUCUAAAUUUUGUAGGAAUAUUGUUGAAUUUUGGGAACAAAGUAUAUGGUUAACAUUUUAUCAUUACCUGGAGCUUAUUGUAAUUUUUUGUCCAUAUUGAUUAAAAGUACAUUCCAUUUUCAGUGCCUUACUGUUGAAAAUGAAAUAGUAAAACUGUUGGAAAAAAAAUCUAUUUUUAUAAAAUGAUGAAAACUAUUUAAAACUUGUUGAUUUUAUAUUGCUAUAGAGUAUAUAUGUAGGUUUCAGAGAAACAGGAAAAGAAUAAUGUGAAUGAAAUAAAAGUCCUGAACAUACUGUUAAUUAUAGGAAAACUAAUAGUUUUACUAAAUUAGGGAUGCACCACUUGUGGUCCAGUGGAAAAAUGUAGUCUCUUGCCUUCCAACUAUAAGUGCUUUUCAUACUUAUUUCUAUAAACUUUGAUAAAAAAGUAAACUUUUAAUGUAAAAAUUGCAAAAUAUAGCAGUACUAUUUCACGGUAUCAGAAGAUCUAAAUCUUUGGUCUUCCUGAAUUUUUUUUAUUUUUAAAUUCUCUUUUAAUGUUCAUAAAUUCAACGAUUUAUUUAAACAUUAAAGAUGAAAUUCAUAAUUAAGAUCUGUGAUGGCAUAGUGGUUAAAACUUUAAGAUCAAAUAGAUUAUGAAUUAUUGUUGAAUUUAAAUAUACUCAGAAGGUUUCAAACUCAUCGCUGGUUAUAAAAAUAAAUUAACUUGCGGGAACCUUUUUAACUCUUCCACGGAACCUUGGGGUUCUGCAGAACACCAUUUGGAAGUCAUUGCACUAAGCUAUCAUUGCGUGCUCCAUCCAGUGGUGGCUUGGAGACAACCCAGCUUUAUAUCAGCUCAUACAGGGAGUAAAGGCGGCAGGUGUGCAAUGCUGACAAUGACCCCUUUCUCAACAACUAGUUGCAGCAGGAAUGCUUUACUUGUUUUAAUUAACAAUAAAACAGUUUUAAUAUCAAUAAUAAAACAGAAGAAGUUGAAAACCUACUUCAAUUCUAAAAAAGAUGACAAAUAGUUCAAAAUUUCAAUUAUUUUUUAACUUGAAAAUAUUUUACACAUACUUUGUCUUUAAUUUUUAAGUCAAAUUGAUACAGCACAUUGAUUGUUAUGAGGAAUAAUUAAAUUUGCUUAAACUGAUUCAAAAAUAGAAUUUUUGACAGCUCUUCCUCUCAAAGCCAAAAUAUAUUUUUCUGUUGUUCUCUGUAGAAAAAAAGUUGUGCACUUUUUUUGACAAGCAUUCUUUUUGUUCAUUUUCAGAGCCGUUGAAAUUGAGCUCUGAUUAGCUUCAUACAAAAUUUUGAAUUUUAACUCAAAUAUAUAAAUAUUUCUUUAAAAAAUUAUAACAGUUGUUUUAAGAAUUCUAUUCCAUUUUGUAACAUUUGCUACAUUUUGUAAUAAAAAACAAUGAAUAGGUUUUUAAAAUUUCCCACAGUUGAGAAGUUUUUGGGCAAUGUGCAAAUAAUGAGUGUGCAUUUUUUAAAAGUUUUUAUAGAAAUGAAAAAGUCAUAUAUUGCAAGAAAAUCAAAAGUUUCCCCCCACAUCUAUGUACAUAAUGUGGUUGUUACAAUAUUGUUGUUCCCAAUGAAUUGUGUAAACUGUAGUUCUGUACAUGUAUUCAUUUAUUAUUCAAUGCAUACACUUUUGUCGUGUUGAAAAAACAUUUUAAUAAAGUUUUAUGUAUAUUUCA